AUGGCCUCAUUAGAAAAUGAGCGAUUUCCUAAAGGAUUGAGGGUUCUUGUUGUGGAUGAUGAUAAUACUUCUCUGAAGUUGAUGGACAACCUUCUUAGAAAAUGUCACUUUCAUGUGCUAUCAGCUUAUAGCGAUACAAAUCGAGUGAUGGAAGGCGUUAUGAGUGGUGCUUGUGACUAUUUGGUGAAACCCGUGAGAAUUCAGGAGCUCCAAAAUAUAUGGCAACAUGUUCUUAGGAGGAAGCAGAAAGCAGCUGGUGGUGGUAAAAGUGCUCCUAUUAGAAUUGGUCGUAAUGCAUCCGGAAAUAGGAGAGAAGGCCCUGAGGAAGGUUCCAGAGAUGACAACAACAAUGAUGAUGAUGAUGAUGAAAUGGAUGAGGGUGGUCAAGGAAAUGAAGACCCAGCAACCCAAAAGAAGCCUAGGCUUUUCUGGUCGGUUGAGCUACACCAGAAAUUUGUGGAUGCUGUCCACCAAUUAGGCCUUGAUAAGGCCUUUCCUAAGAAAAUUCUUGACUUAAUGGACGUCGAAGGACUUACAAGAGAAAAGGUUGCAAGCCAUUUGCAGAAAUAUAGGCUUUACCUCCGAAAGAUAAGUUCUGGACAGGCUGCUGGAAAUAGAGUUGUUUCUGUAGGGACUGAGGAUUCGCAUAUAGGAUCCAUAGGGGGAGGCUAUGGAGUAUAUCGAAGCCUCGCAGGGGCAGGAAGCUUUCCUGGUUUCUCAUCCCUACCAGAUCAAGGGGUAGGUUUUAGAGGCAUAUCUUCUUCUCCAUUGCUUCAAACACCCCGCUUUCCAAAUCCAUUGAGUUUUUCUGGAAACCAAAAUGCUAAUUUGUUUCAAGGCAAUCCUACAACCAUCCAAAUGAAUAAUAGGCUUCCUCUCCUUUCUCCACCAACCGCCUCCAUGAUGUUAAACACAAACCAGUUAGGUAUAGGGUUGGAUCCUCGUGGCAAAGUAAGUUGGGGGAAUCCUAUUCAGCCACUCUCUUGCCCACAAAAUCUGCUUCCAACCAAUAAUGUCUCUGGUGGUGACAUAACUCCUCUCAAUGCUCAAAUUCAUAACGAUCCGCUUGAUUUUUUAUAUGGAACCGAUCGAAAUGCGCUUAGCCAAGACCGUCCAAGUAGUCUCAAUAAUUUUAACAUCCCACAACCAAUUCAAAAGCCUAAUUAUUUUAUGAAUUUAUGCAAUAUUUCCAAUACUCCAAGCUCCUUGAUCCUGACUGUAGCUCCGACACACGGAGAGAAUUUGAGGCAAAACAACAUCAUAGGUGUUCCAUCCUUAAGCCAAUUGGAAGAUACUUCUCCUCAAUCCCAACAGCAAAACGAAGCUCAGAAGUCUUUUGAUGACUCAACUCUAUUGGGUGACCCUAAACUUCAAUGCGGUACAGGCCAUAAUACAACUGAAUCCUUGGAUGAUAUCGUGGGGAGGUUUCUUAAACAGGUAUCACCCAUUUUCACUAACUACAUGCGUGGACAUUUGCCCUCAUAUGAGACAACAUUAACGCUUUUUAACUUGAUCAUGUAA